CAGGACAUGUCGCUCGACGACAUGAUCAAGAAGAAGGGCGGCGGCGGUGGCGGCGGUGGCGGCAGGGGCGGCAGGGGCGGCAAGAAGAGGGGCGCCGGCGGGGACCAGGCGUCCGCGGGCGCUGCCGCGGAGAAGAAGCCGGAGAGGCGGAGCGGCCUGAGCGCUGCCACCAAGUCGGCGCUCGGCGCGGUCGGCAAGGACAAGGCGGCGAAGUCCAAGGGGCCCUUGGGCACUCUUGGUGCGGCUUUCAAGGGACUGGGGCUGCCAGUGAGAACCUUCGGGGUCAAGCCAGUGGACACGCCGGCAUCGGAGACCAAGAACACGCCCGCCAAGGAACGGGCUCCUCGGAAGAACAAGCCCGUGGCGAAGCCGCCAGCUGAGGCUACUUCGGCAAAGGCGCCGAAGGGCACCGAGGACAAGCUCGGCAUGUCUCUCGAUGACAUGAUCAAGUUCGAGGUGCCCCGGAAGAAGGGGAAGAAGCAGGAGAAGGGCAAGGCGGACGGGGCGGCCGCAGCGCCCGCGGAGGGCGGCGGCGCCCGGCCGCGAGGCGGCCGGCGCCGCCGCGGGAUGAUGAAGCUCCACCGGGAGGCCCCCGCGCCGCGGGCGAAGGCCCAGGGCAAGGCGAAGGCGAGGUCUGGCACCCGGGGCCGCGGCGGCCCGGAGUGGGGCAAGGGCGGCGGCAAGCAGUGGGUGGACGAUGGCUGGGCCGGCGGGGGCGGCAUGCGGAGCUGGGCCGGCGGGCGCGGCAAGAGGAGCCAGGUCGAGGACUACGACGACUGGGGCCCCGCGCCGCCGGCCAAGCGCGCGCGGGCUGCCAGCGGCGCCGACUUCGGCUGGGGUGGCGGGCGCGGCGAGGGCCGCGGCUACGAGGACCGCUGGGGGCCCAGCGAGCACGGCUGGGGCGGCGGCGGCCGCGCGGGCCGCGGCAUGGACGGCCCCGGCUGGAGCCGGGACUGGGACGACCGCGACCGCGCGCUGGUGCGCGAGCGCGAGCGCGAGAGGCCCCGCGUGCCGCGGGCUCCGGACGACUGGCAGCCAGCCAAGGCCGCGCGCGACCCCGACCCCCCGCCGAGGGCCCAGCGCGAGGCGGGGCGGCGGCCCGGCGCCUUCACCACGAUCCGCGUGUCGAACGUGCCGAGGGGCCUGGACCACCGGGACAUCAAGGACGCCUUCGAGGACAGCGGCCGCGUCCUCAUGUGCGAGGUGGAGCGCGGCGUCGCGUUCGUGACCUUCGACAGUCCCGUGGAUGCCAAAAAGGCGGUGCAGACCUUCGACCGUGGCGAGCUCAACGGGCAGACGAUCUACGUCACCCCCGAGCCCUGAGCGCCGAGCCGCGGCCGUCGGGCCCGGCCGCCCACCCGGUUGGGGGGAGGCGCGCGCCGGCGAGCAGCCUCGGAGGCGCGCCCGCUCGCCCGGGCACCUCCGCCCGUCGGCCGGCCAGCCUCGGGGGCCUCGGGGGCCCGAGGGCUACAGCCCGGGCAGUUUUCUUCGGGUGGAGGGCAGGGGGCGAUGGCCAUGCUGGCGCUGGUGGAAGAGUUCGUCGGCGGACUGCGUAGUAUCUCCUGACGACUGGGGCGAGCCCCGGUGCCUGAACUUGCUAGCUGUAUGAAGGUAAUUGUUCAACUCCCUCCGUUCCCGAGCGCUCCGCUGCAGUGAGGCCACAUAUGAAAAAGGUACGGUGCAUUCUGGCGCUCCUCCUGCGACUACUGCUGCCGCGCUCUGCUGCCGUUCCUCCUCAUGCUCCGCAUUGUGCUCCUUCUCUGCGGGGCCACCCCCACGGCUGGGCAUCUGCAGGAGCAUCUUCAUCCUGGCAUCGCUCGGAC